CCCAAGAUGGAGGCCGGGCAGAGCGGUGGGGACGCGCUCCCGCGGCUCCGGCGCGCUCUGCGGCAAGGCGCGCAGCCCCGGGAGCUGCUGCUGCAGCAGCCGCCCUGCGGCGGCGGGACGGCCGAAGAGUCCACAGCUGCAACGAAGAAAAGAAAGCCUCCACCAAGACUGAAUAUUCAUUCUGCAUUCUGGAUUUUGGCAUCAAUUGCUGUGACGUAUUACUUUGAGUUUUUUAAAACUGUUAAAGAAACUAUUCAGGCAGAUAGUUGGUGGUUUGCCUCUGGCAGUUGUUUAUUGGCUGCAUGUUUAUCUGUUGCUUUUUACUGCAUAGUGUAUCUUGAGUGGUAUUGUGGAAUUGAGGACUAUGAUGCAAGGUAUCCAGUACUGAUACCCAUCACAACAACUACCUUUAUUGCAGCAGCAAUAUGUUUCAACAUUGCCCUAUGGCCUGUCUGGUCAUUUAUCACACCUUUGUUGCUCUUCACUCAGUUUAUGGGUGUUGUGAUGCUUGUGUCACUCCUGGGAUAAGUCCUUCAGGAGAAUGUAGGGAAGCCAACUGAUUUUCGCUUUCCAUCACAAAUCCGUUCCAGUGAGGAAGUCUAUCCAGCAUUUGUAAGAAUGCAACAGGAAGAAAGGCUGCAUUUUUUGAGUGAUACUUCUUAUAGUACCAGAGCUGUAGGCAAAAAAAAACCAAAACAAAACAAAACAAAAAAAAAAAAAAAAAACAAAAAACUAAUAUUUGGGACACUGCAUUUAUUUGCCUAAACCACUGAAGACGUGUAUCUUUUCUUAAUUCCUGGAUAUCAAGAAGCCGAUUUUUUAAGGAGGUAAUUAAUUUGGAUCAUACUCUGACAAAAGCUAUGCCCUCCUGAAAAAUAUGGUACUUGCCUCAGAACCUCUUUACUGUAUUAUAGGAGUUUGAGUCACACUUGCUAAUGCAAAGUUCUUCAGUUCAUGUUCGUUCCUUCUGCCACUAGGCACAUUCUGGUGAGCACUGGAAGGAGAUAGGGAGAGUAGGCUUUGUGGUCUGUUAGAACCUUGAUCAUAUUAGUAGACUAAAACAACAAUUCUACAUUAAAUUAUACUUAGGUGGACCUAGAAAGUGUGAAGUAAAAAUGUAUUACAAAUGUUCUGAACAGCUGAACCUUAUGAAAAUGUUCAGUUUUUCUAUGUGAACAAAUGAAUUCUAUUAUACAGCAAACUGCACUGUACUUGGUUGCAAAGUCAUCUAACUAAUCAAUAUCAAAUUAGUACAACAUACAGUCAGUAUGUAGAGAGACUAAAGCUAUCCUUACUGUUUUUUAAAGUUGGAUUUGGAUUUUUUUUUUCUCUCAGCUUCAUGUGAGGACUCACAUAGCUGUUAUUCUGAGAGUGAAUGUCACUUAAAUCACAUUCCAGUGUUUUGAUACAGUUUUUAAUACUUCUUGUUUGCUAUAACUAAUACUAUAAAGACUACUUGAUUUUAAAAUCAUAUAGAAAUAAUCCUGGUUAAGCCACUGGCUGUGAAGAAGCAACUUCACAGAUGCUUCUGUUUGAUUAGCAAAGAACAGAAAGGCAAAUAGGUUUGACAUCUCUUAGUAACAAAACUUUUUGUCAUGGCUUUGUAAAGCUUUUGUUUGUAUUUCCAUAUUAAGCGGAUGGGUAGGUGAGUUGUACAUUCCUAUGUCCUAUUUGCUGAAAAAUCUUAGAAUCAUGAAAUCAUUUAGGUGGGAAGGGACCUCCAGAGGUGACCUAGUGCAACUUCCUGCUCAGAGCAGCUCUAUUGAUUUGAAAGUAAUUGAUAUUUAAAUUCCAGUGUUGUGUGCUUUUAAUACUAUAUUUGAAUUGACACUGUUGCUAUUUGGAAACUGUAUAUGCACUUGUAAACUUAUCUAUAGAUGACACAUAGAUACUUCUUGAUCUAUUAAACUUGUAACAUUAUGUAGGAAAUGUAGGAAAGAUUUUAUUACCUAAUUUCUUGACUUCAGAUCUACUAGUGUUGGGGAAAAAAAGAAAUGGGAUCUGAGUAAGGGCCUAGAAAACUAGUUGAAGUUUACACCAUUGUUAACGUGAUGGUGCCUUCAGUGAAAUAAAUGGGUUACAUUUUUGCUGAUGUGGUUUCUCUGUAGCCAAAGAUGGAUGGUCAAUCUGCAAAUGACCAGCAAUAUAACAAACAGUUGUCACACUAGAUAAGAAGAUAAGAGCACAAAGCAAAUUCUUUUGAUAGAUGCACAAUUUUCCAGUACUCAGAAUGUUUUUGAUCUGUAAAUUAACUUUUCUUUCUUAACAGCGCUUAUUAAUGAAGUUGCCAUUUUUCUUCCUCAGUAAUAGAGAGACCGAUAUUAACUUAAAUGCCAUUAGCCACACACAGAUGGGAAAAUAAAAUAGCAUUGUUUUUUACUUUGGUUGAGACACUUUAAGCAUCUGGAAACCUGGACAGCAUCUGGUCCUUAGAUAGUUUUAUAUGAAGCAUUGUGUUAAAUACUUUCAAACCUACACUUUUUGGAAGAUGCAAGUGUGUAGAAUGCAGGGACUGAAAUUUGUUAAAUAUUACUUCUUGUGGCUGUUGCUUGAAGUCUAGACUGUAAGAAGAGAUUAUGUUCUUAAUUCUGACUUUAAAUUCACACCACACUAUGUGAAAUGUUCUAUAGUGAACAAGAUGUCUUAAGCAGCCAUUGUUUCAUUAUGUACUGACAGCAACUUUUUUUCCACUGUAAACGAGAAAAUCCUCAUAUUCAUCCUCAAUACUCGUCUGGUCAACCAAAAUAAAAUGUGUAGCACUACUGUUGUUAUACGAGCUUGUAGAGUAAAUUAACAGAUUGAUCUGUUCAGUAUUCCAGUUUUUGAAAAAUUAGUUGUUCUUCUAAUCUUAAAGGAGCAAAUUGCUUAUCUUAUGGUCUUCAUAUUUUAAUAAUUCGACAAUUUUACAUCACAUAAGCAUGUACUUUUGAGUAACUUUUUAUUAUAUUUAAAUGUGCUUUUGCUCAGGGAGGUAGUCAUCACUGCAUUUGUGUUUAUCGACUAUAUAAAUGCUGGAGGUGCUUUAAGUUGCCUUGUACUCUUCAAUUAAAGUUACUAUUUACUACA